AUGCUGGCUUCAGCGGCUCCUGAUCGUGUUGCACGCGCCAGGACUCCGCGAAGGCGCACUAACAUCAGGCCUUUCGGCUCAAUCGGCUUUUUUAAUCAAGGCCUUGACAUAAACAACAGAAACCUUAUUGAACAGAUUGCAAGGAAAUUGCAGCUUCAAGCGAGAAGGCAAGCUCUCAAACAACGACUUGGUAUAGCUGGUCCGUUGAGGCGCUAUGGUAGUGAAAGCAGCUUGCCAGGGCUCAGGCGCUCCAACAGUUUUGGCAACCUAAAUCAAAGACAGAAUAUAAAAAACAGAGUUGCUUGGCGGCAAUCCAACAAUAACCUAAGUCGUUCAGCAUCAUUCGGUAAUUUGUCGCAAGGAACUUGGCGGGGUCAGGGUUUCCGACGACGAGGUGGAAGGGUUGGUGCUCUACGUGGAAGGUUAAGGGGCAGUCGUAUGCAGUUUGGACGAACAUUUGGCCGACCUGCGAACAGAAUGCAGACUCGCACGCAGAACUUCCGCCGGCGAAUGCGAGGACGUGGCAGUGGCAGAGGUGGAGUAUUGAGAAAUCAAACCAAUCAAAAACCAGUGCCCACCAAAGAGGAGCUUGACGCGCAGCUGGAUCAGUACAUGGCAAGCACUAAGACGGCACUGGACAAAGAGCUGGAUGCCUAUAUGAAGAGUGCUAUGGAGCUGGAGUAA